UAAUUUUACACCGUUAAUAAGAUGGUUAACGGAAAAGAAAGCUUUCUAACUCGAGUUGACUCAGAUGAAUGCGUAACAUAUCUCAGCCGCAGGUAAGCCACUUUCCUUCCUCAUAAGCUCAAAUCCUUCUCUUUUAUUUUCCGAUUGUUUCUCGAGAAAAACAAAAAGAAAAAAAAUUUCCAAACAUGUCGUUACUCAGCCAAACCCUCCUUCUCCGACCUUCAAUCUACCUUCCUCCACGAAACCCUAAUUCUCCAAUCUUCACCUCCAAACCAUACUUCCUCCGCCUUUCUCUCCCCAUCAAACCCUCAAAGCCAAACACCAAAAACCUCAAUUUUACCCAUUUAGCUUUCGUUUCUCCUUCCCCGACGACACCCUGCAAAACCCCCCCAAUCCUAACUCAGUCCCCACCCAACGAUUCAACUCGAACCCUCAAAACCUUUCUCUCCUUAUCCCUCUCUGCCACCAUUAUCUUCACCAAAGUGAUGCAAAAUUUUGCUCUCCAAACAAUCUACCAGAAUCCCAACGCACUUUCCACCAUGGGCCCGCUCUUCUUUGCUUCCGUAAAGGACAGCCCAAGCGGAUACCUAAACACACCGUUGACGGUGGUGGCGGCGGCGGGUUUAGCUAAGUGGCUUGAUAUUUACAGUGGGGUUUUGAUGGUUAGGGUUUUGCUCAGUUGGUUCCCCAACGUUCCCUGGGAGCGGCAGCCCUUUUCAGCUAUCGUGGCUCUCUGUGAUCCUUAUUUGAAUCUGUUUAGGAAUAUAAUUCCGCCCGUUUUCAAUGCCUUGGAUGUUAGUCCGCUUCUGGGUUUUGCCAUUUUGGGGACUCUGAGGUCGAUUCUCAGUAACAGUAAAGGAAUGUAUUGAUUUCUUGCGGCGCGAGGAGAGUGAGUAAGAACUGAUAGUUCAAGUUUUAGUGUUAGAAUUUCUAUUUUGCUUAUCAAAAGUUAUUGUUCUUGGUUAUGUUAUGCUAUAAUUCUGUAACUCCUGAAUAUACAAAUUUUGGCCGCUUUGUUGGAAUGCUCUGUUUUUUAUUUUUUAUGAAUUUAUAUGUCUCUUCUUUUUUAUUGAA